AUGACCGACGCUCACGUCGAGAUGGAAGCCGCGACCGAGUCGCAGCAUCAGCCGCAACGGUAUUCAUUUGUCGAGAUUAAAGAGGCGCAGCGUGUGUGCAGCGAGAAGAUGAUGGCGGCUUCGCUUCAAGAAGUGUGCGGCUCGGCGUCUGCGGCCCAGCAGCAGAUCUUUCGAGCGCAUGUGAACGAUUUAUGCGCGACAGUGUUUGCAGCAGCGCUAAGGAAGUAUAAUCCUGAGAACAAAGAGGAGAUGGUGCCGUUGGAUACUGAGUUGGCGACGAAACUCAAGGAGCUCGAGGCAAAGGUAGCAGAGAAAGAAGCAGAUGUGAAGAAACUCCGGGAAGAAGUGCCCGUGAUGGCUGCGGAAAAUGCACGUCGAGAGCUUGCAAAGGCUCGCAAGCGCUAUGCUGAUGUACUUGUGACGGAACCAGAAACGACGACAAUCGCAUGCGCCGAGCUGACGAACGAGCAAACUGAAGCACUGGAGGCAGUUUAUGUAAAGACGGCGUCCUCGAUUGCGAUUACAAGUGCUAAGCUGUCGCAAACCACGAGCCAAACGAGCGAUACGAUUAACAUUGUGGAACAGGCGAUGAAACGGCCGAAGACCCAGGUUGACAUUGCCAUGGAAAACAGUCCUGUCAAGCCAAAGGUGUUUCUGAAUGAACAGAAAAAGAACAGCCUGCAAAACCCGAAUUCUCUCCGCACGCGUCUGACGCUUCAGCUGAGCGCACCCGGAAAUGUCUGA